UCCCAUAUCCCGGCCCUGGGCCAGCAAAAGGGACUUGUGGGAGGGUGUGUGACCCCUCACCUCGGCCCUGGGCCAGAGCCCGAGCCCCAUACUCUCAGCUCUGUUUAUGCUCGCAGAAGCCGGCAAUGACCACUUGCACUGUCCUCACGAGCGGCCUUGGAGACCUCCUGCUCUGCAUCCCCGCGCGGUGGCCUCCGUCCCCUUCCGGGCUCCCCCGGGCGCUACCCUGGCCCCAGCCUCAGCUCCGACUGCUGCUUCUGCUACUCCUCCUCCUGCUGCCUUCAGCCCUCCCCGAGGUGUUCAGAGUGGGGGUGCUGGGCCCCUGGGCCUGCGACCCCAUCUUCGCCCGUGCCCGCCCGGACCUGGCUGUCCACCUGGCUGUCAACCGCUUGAGCCACGACUCAGCCCUGGAACGCGGCCCCCGCUUCGAGGUCGUGCUGCUGCCGGAGCCGUGCCGGACGCCAGGCUCUCUGGGGGCUGUGUCCUCCGCGCUGGCCCGCGUCUCGGGUCUCGUGGGUCCGGUGAACCCUGCAGCCUGCAGGCCGGCGGAGCUCCUGGCCCAAGAGGCGGGGGUCGCGCUGGUGCCCUGGGGCUGCCCCGGGACACGGGCAGCGGGCACGACGGCCCCCGCAGUGACCCCAGCAGCAGACGCCCUCUAUGCCCUCCUUCGCGAGUUCCGCUGGGCACGCGUGGCCCUGGUGACCGCCCCCCAGGAUCUGUGGGUGGAGGCGGGACGCUCACUGGCCACUGCACUCAGGGCCCGGGGUCUGCCUGUUGCCCUGGUGACCGCCAUGGAGUCCUCCGACCGAUCUGCAGCCCUAGAAGCCCUGGGGAGGGUCCAGGACGGGCCCAGAGUCAGAGCAGUGAUCAUGGUGAUGCACUCGGUGCUGCUGGGCGGUGAGGAACAACGCUGCCUACUGGAGGCUGCAGAAGAACUGGGACUGGCCGAUGGCUCCCUGGUCUUCCUGCCCUUCGACACACUCCACUACGCCUUGUCUCCAGGCCCAGAGGCCUUGGCUGUGCUGGCAAACAACUCACAGCUUCGCAGAGCCCACGAUGCUGUGCUCACUCUCACACGCUACUGUCCCCCUGGAGGCAGCGUGCUGAACAGCCUGCGCAAGGCCCAAGAGCAACAGGAGCUGCCCCCUGACCUUAAUCUGCAGCAGGUAUCCCCACUCUUCGGCACCAUCUAUGAUGCAGUCUUCUUGUUGGCGGGGGGUGUGGUGCAAGCUUGGGCAGCGGUAGGUGGCAGAUGGGUGUCCGGAGCAGCUGUGGCCCACCACAUCCAGGGUGCCCAGGUCCCAGGCUUCUGUGGAACACUGGGAAGAGCUGAGGAUUCCCCGUUUGUGCUGCUGGACACGGAUGAGGCAGGGGACCAGCUGUUCACCACAUACAUGCUGGACCCCACCCGGGGCUCCUUCCACUCUGCCGGGACCCCGGUGCAUUUUCCUAGAGGGGACCAAGGGCCUGGGCCCGACCCCUCUUGCUGGUUCGACCCAGACGUCAUCUGCAAUGGAGGAGUGGAUCCCGGUCUCGUCUUUAUCGGCUUCCUCCUGGUGGUUGGGAUGGGGCUGACGGGGGCCUUCCUGGCCCAUUAUGUGAGGCACCGGCUACUGCACAUUCAAAUGAUCUCAGGCCCCAACAAGAUCAUCUUGACUCUGGACGACAUCACCUUCCUCCACUCACAAGGGAGCAGUACUCAAAAGGUGGCCCAGGGCAGCAGUCGGUCAAGUCUGGCUGCCCACAGUGUGUCAGACAUCUGCAGCGUCCCCAGCCAGCCCCCGGACAACUCCAGCAUUGGCCUCUAUGAGGGAGAUUGGGUUUGGCUGAAGAAAUUCCCAGGGGAUCAGCACAUAACCAUCCGCCCAGCAACCAAGACGACCUUCUCCAAGCUCCGGGAGCUUCGGCACGAGAACGUGGCCCUCUACCUGGGGCUCUUCCUGGCGGAAGGCGCGGACUGCACCGCGGGCCCCGGGGAGGGUACGCUGGCUGUGGUCUCAGAACACUGUGCCCGGGGCUCCCUCCACGACCUUCUCGCCCAGAGAGACAUAAAGCUGGAUUGGAUGUUCAAGUCCUCCCUCCUACUGGACCUCAUCAAGGGAAUGAGGUAUCUGCACCACCGAGGCGUGGCCCACGGGCGACUUAAGUCCCGGAACUGUGUGGUGGAUGGGAGAUUCGUGCUUAAAGUCACCGACCACGGCCACGGGAGACUACUGGAAGCCCAGAGAGUAUUACUAGAGCCUCCCAGCGCUGAGGACCAGCUGUGGACGGCCCCGGAGCUGCUUCGAGACCCAGCCCUGGAGCGCCGGGGAACGUUGGCCGGCGACGUCUUCAGCCUGGGCAUCAUCAUGCAGGAGGUCGUGUGCCGCAGCGCCCCCUACGCCAUGCUGGAGCUGACGCCGGAGGAAGUGGUGCAGAGGGUGCAGAGCCCCCCUCCACUGUGUCGGCCCUUGGUUUCCGUGGACCAGGCGCCCAUGGAGUGCAUCCAACUGAUGAAACAGUGCUGGGCAGAGCAGCCGGACCUUCGGCCCUCCAUGGACCGCACCUUCGAACUGUUCAAGAGUAUUAACAAGGGCCGGAAGACCAACAUCAUCGACUCCAUGCUGCGGAUGCUGGAGCAGUACUCCAGUAACUUGGAGGACCUGAUACGGGAGCGCACAGAGGAGCUGGAGCUGGAAAAGCAGAAGACAGACCGGCUACUCACGCAGAUGCUGCCUCCGUCUGUGGCUGAAGCUUUGAAGAUGGGGACCCCUGUGGAGCCUGAGUAUUUUGAAGAGGUGACACUGUACUUUAGCGACAUUGUGGGCUUCACCACCAUCUCUGCCAUGAGUGAACCCAUCGAAGUAGUGGACCUGCUCAAUGACUUAUACACGCUCUUUGAUGCCAUCAUCGGCUCCCAUGAUGUCUACAAGGUGGAGACAAUUGGGGACGCCUAUAUGGUGGCCUCCGGGCUGCCCCAGCGGAAUGGGCAGAGGCACGCAGCGGAAAUCGGCAACAUGGCACUGGACAUCCUCAGCGCAGUGGGGUCCUUCCGCAUGCGCCACAUGCCUGAGGUGUCCUUGCGCAUCCGCAUCGGCCUGCACUCGGGCCCGUGCGUGGCCGGCGUGGUGGGCCUCACCAUGCCGCGGUACUGCCUGUUUGGGGACACCGUCAAUACCGCCUCGCGCAUGGAGUCCACCGGCCUGCCUUACCGUAUCCACGUGAACGUGAGCACCGUGCGGAUCCUCCGCGCUCUAGACGAGGGCUUCCAGAUUGAGAUGCGAGGCCGCACGGAACUGAAGGGCAAGGGCGCCGAGGACACGUAUUGGCUGGUGGGCAGACGCGGCUUCACCAAGCCCAUCCCCAAACCUCCAGACCUGCAACCGGGGGCCAGCAACCAUGGUAUCAACCUGCAGGAGAUACCUCCCGAGCGGCGCAAGAAGCUGGAGAAGGCGAGGCCGGGCCAUUUCCUGGGAAAGUGAGGCCUGGCUGGGACAGGUGCUGCCUCUUGGAUCCUACACCCAGCUGCCAGGCUCCCCCAGACUCCAGGAGCUGCACCUCCAGGAGAUGCUUCCUGGGGGACAGGCGCCUUUUCCCAGCCUAAGGACUAGCCCUGCCUGCACGACUUCUCACCCAGGCCUGUUGUCUUGUUUCUCUCUGACCUGGGGAGCCCAGGCUGGUUCCUAAACCCAUAGAUUUCCCCUGGGAGGGAAACACCAGUCACACAGAUUCGAUUGGGUAGGUCUGCAGUGGUCCAGGAAUUCAGACUUGGGAACCCCUUUAACCAUGACCUUCUGUGACUUCUCCUCUGACCCCCACUGCAUUAACCAGUCCCCCACCCCCAUCCCCACAGGCUGUGCACUGCACUAGAGACAGAACUUAUCGCCAACACACGAUAAGGCGACUGCUGCCCCUGGACUUCUGUUGGAGCAGAAGCCCUUCUGACCUCCACCCUCCUUCAAGGAACCAUGAUUCAUGACCCUCCCCUUCCUAGGUGAGCCCUCAUGGAUCCUUUCCACGACUUCCUCUGAGACACUCCUCUUCCCCUCAGGAUUAUUCUAGAAGGUCCUCUUUCUGCAAGUUGCUGCUGUGGGUGACCAAAAUUUGGCUGCUGCCUGUGGCUUCUGUGCAGCUCUUCAUCGAAGGAUUCUGGGCCUUCAGAAGAGCUGGUUGCAAACCAGUUGUGUGACCUUUGGAAAGACCCAUGCAACCUCUGGGCUUGGGUUCCCCUCCGUGGUGAAAUGAGGAGUGGUCUGGGUGGUUUCCACACCCCAUGGCAGCUGAGUUUCACAGGGCUGGCUUGGGAUAUAGGGCACUGGGAAUGUGACCCCGAGACCCUGGGGAUGUGUGUGGGGGGGUGGUUCUUCACUUUCCAGGGCUUCUUAAGGAACCAGGAAGGAGGAUUUGGGAUUGGAUCCCCCAACACUAGAAAAGUUAGAGACCUCCUGUUCCACCAGAGUAGGGGUGUCACAUGGCCUGAGGAUGUGAGGGCUUCUGCUUACCCUCAAGCAUCAGUCCCUUCUCCAUCCCCCACCAGUCAGAAAGUGGCUUCUUCACCCAUGGGCAUAAUCAUGUAACUUGCCCAAGUGCAGAGAAAAGCUUGCUUCAAGGUUUUGAGAAAAGGAAACAAACCGCACCAAACCUUUACUAACCAGAACACCCAAGGGGUUACCACCGGGUAAUCUCUGUUUAACUGGGUGGUGCUGAGCAAGCAGUUGGAAUAGGAAAUCCUCUCUGCUUCAGUCCUUGCAACAAGUAUUGACCCUGUCCUGGUAAGUCUCUAGCUGAGGUUUCUUUUCUGCAAUUCUGAUGUUCCAGAGCCUUGGCAUGUUUGACUGGGUGUUAUUCCCCAUUGCUGCAGACUAUGACAGAAGUUAGCAACAGCCGCAGGCACCCCAGACUGUCACCAUAAGUAGUGAGCCUCCAGUCCCUGGAGGUGUGCAAGUAGAACUGGAGACAUCAUUGACCAAGGAUACAACAGUCAAAGGGAAUUCCUAGGUGGAGGGAUGGACUAAAUCCUCACUAUGCAAAGCAUGGUUGGUGGACCAGCAGCAGCAACAUCACCUUGGAGCUUGUUAGAAAUGCAGAAUCUCAGGCCCAGACCUAGUGACUCAGAAUCUGCAUUUCAACAAGUUCCUUGAGUAUUUAUAUAUGUACAGUUUGAAUCAUGGAACUAACUGAACCUAGGAUCCCUGUGUUUCAGAAUCUCUGAAGAUUUGAUAAAAAUCAAACUAGAAACUAGCCCUGAGACUAGCCCUGUGUGGCCUAUGGGGUGAUUUUGAUUUUGUUUAAGUUAACAUUUUAAAAUCAAGAGAUACCACUUUUAAAUAUAUAUAUAUACCAAACUUCUUUCAUCUCUGAAAAUAAAAGCUCCGCACAGGGGCAACUACUGACUUUCUGCUGGAGCUGAAGAGCGACUGUCCCUCUCUGGGGCUUCACUCUUCUGUUCUUGUGUGUCCCCAGCGCUCCCCGUGGACUCCAGGACACCGAGAUUGUCUGAACAUCCCCAUGCACCUGCCCUGCGCCUGCAGGCAUUUGAGCUCAGGAUUCUAGGAGCAGCUGGUGUUAGGACUGCAGAGGCUCCUGGGAGUCCCUUUGUCUGAUUCAUAAAAUCCUUGAAAUAUACAAACUUAGUAGUCUUCCCCUCCUUCCGAAAGGUAGAAAAAUCUAAAUAUCCAGCACUUGUAGGUUCUGGUUACUUAAGGUGGUGCUGUUAUAGUGAGUAACUUAGUUCAUUUUUUUAAGUAUUUUAAACAGAAUAUGGAGAUGAUGAAUUAAAGAUGUUGUAAAAAUCCUAAUAUGCACACAAAACAUUUUAAAAAUUAUGUAUAUUUUUAAACAUCUCUCUUUAGAUUUUCUCUGCACUUAGGUCUGAGAUUGAGAGCAGACUACCUUGCUGGUGCUGGACCGGUCGAUGUGGAUGUAGCUCUCACUCCCCUGCCUCUUCCCUCCCCAUCCUCCCCUCCCUCCCCUCCCUCCUGCCUGUGAGGGGACUGGGCGAGUCAAUGACUGACCUGUGAUUCAGGGGAGCCUCAGGGAAGAGUUGACCUGGGGUUGGACAGGGGUAUUUGUAUGGAUUGGCUGGGGCAGGGCAUUCCCCAGAGGAGGGGGGGUGAGCUGGGGUCCAAACCUAGUUUGGGGAUAGAAAUGGGGCAGGAGGGCUGAGUGGGUCUCUUCCCACCCUCAACCCGGCCUCGUUACCAGGCCUCCCGUCUCCAGUGAGCAAAUGUGACUGGGGAAGAGCCUGGUAGAGAGUCCUGUCCUCCUCCCCGGACAGGACAACUUGGGGACCACCUACCCCAGAGCUCACAGAGCUAAUGGAACAAGAAAAGGGGAAAAUUAAGCCUCAGUUUCCUCUCUUCCUCUCAAGUUCCUCCUUUCUCUGUCCCUGUCCCUCCCUCUCUCAGUCUCCAUGUCCAUCUGCCUCUAGUCUCCUUCCCCGGUCCCCAGUGUCCUCUCUCUGCCUGGCAGCUUCUCCCUGCCUUUCUCUGCAGUUGCCCCAUUUCUGUGGAACCAUUGUUCCUGGGCCCAGUCAAUGUCCUAGAGCUCUGCUGUCCUCUGAUCCCAGACCUUUCCACCUUCCCCCUCCUGUUACUCCUGGAGCCUGGGCAACUCUCAGCCCAGAGAACACCUGGCUAGGGCAUUACAUGCCCCACCUUCAGAUGUGUUUACACUACCUCUGCCAGCUGGCCUGUGCCAGGAGCCCACACUUGGGACUGUCCUCGCCUUCUCGAUGUCUCUGCAACCAAGACCAGUGAUGGUCAAAGCAGGGACCUCCCACAGCUGCUGCUUCAACCCCAUAGCUAGGACUCCACAUCCUGUCCUGGGGCUCACCUGGCACCUUUUCUCUGAGCUGUUCCUUGGGGUCUGGGCCCUGUUCCCCAUCCCCACCUGCAGGGGACCCCAGGCACCCCACUUUGGGGGAUCCUGAGGCUGCACUGUGAGGCCUUGUUCCCCAGGAUCUUCUGGACUGUGCACUGUGGGCACCAGGCCGAGGGCCAUGGUGUUGGCCCUGGGCAGUGGGGUGAGGACUGAAAUAAAGGUGUGUUUUCUUCCA